AUGCAUGACCACAGUGAUGGCGCAGAGAGUUCACCCUCUGACAGCAACUGGGCUGCAGAUGAAGAAAAGCGCAAAAAAGCUGCGCGUCCUUCUGCCAUUGACAGAAAAGGAAAAGCCAAAGCCAAGGCGUUUGAUGAGGGUGACAAUGACAAGCAGGACUAUAAUGAGGAACAGGAGGUCAAUGAGGAUAAGAGUGAUGAAGGCCCUGCCAAGAAGGGAAGGCUGCCAUUGGAAGCAGUCUCCAAGGUGCAGGAACUUGGGCAAACCACCAUCGAAGCAGCAAAAGCAUUAGGGAUAGAAUAUGGCAAAAGUGCGAGGGUGAUCCUCAUUGAGGCAGGGCUGGCCAUGAAGGCAACGCACAAGGAGUCUCCUUGGAAUCAGCACCAAAUGUGGUUCAAGACUUUUAGCCCCCCCUCUCAAGAACAGGAUAUCAAAGCUUGGAAGGAGGAGCAAGCAGCACACUACAAGGCCCAUCCAUACAAAGACCCCAAACACACAGCGUUGUGGCAGAAGAUUCAGGAGUAUUGGGAUGGUUCACUUGCUGGUGCAACUGAGGACUUGAUAUUGCGAUCUGCUAGUUCUCUGAUGCUGCGCGUUCGUGAUGAUUUUUCAAAAGUGGCUGGUUACUGGUACCGCACCCAUGGUAUUCAUAUUUCUGGUGUUGCAAUAUUUCCUGGUCAUGAGGAUGCUGGCCACCAAGCAUCAGGUCGUAUCUUGGAUGAGCUCACAACCAUACUCAAGUACAAAGACUUAGAGGCUGCACAAGCAGAAGGGAUAUCUUUUAGUUUUCUCCCUCGCUCUACUGCUGUCCCAAAUGGCAUGCUUUUGUGCAACGGCAAGUCUGCUAGGGACAGGAACAGAAAAGUCACACCAAUGAUCAUCAGCGAGAAGUUUGCUGAAGCUGGCCAUCCGCUCAAAACCUCGAACAACAGGUGGUUGGACAUGCUCAAUACUCUUUAUGUUGAGCAGCUGUUCAUCCUUAACUGGCCCACCACUGUACUGCCCCCCGGCCCCGAUUUUGAUCUCAAAGCAUUGUCAGCAAGCCAGUUGUGUGCACUGGUAGUUCCUUACCUGAGGAUGCAUCUUGGGGCAAUAAACCGCAAAGACAAAGAAGUGUAA